CAUUCAAAUUACACGUGAAACUCCACUAUUUCUAUUUGGUAUUUCCAAUUCGAAAACGAAGAAAUCGUUUUCUUUGAAAGACGGAAUCUCCACCGCAUCCCAUUUGCUAGCAACUUGUUUCUAAGAAAAUGUAUUCUCUUUUAUGGAGGAAAACCAUACAAAGAGACCAUCUAUAAAGAGGAAUUAGUGCGAAAAUGCUUGCCAGGAAGAAACUGUAAAUGGUUCCAGUAUAUAUUAAGAAAGAGAGAAAGGGGAAAAAGAAUUUUCGAGAGAGAGAGAGAGAAUGAUUCUGAUAUGGUGGGUAUUGAUUAUGGGUUUGGGUUGGAAUGGAGAGGGAAGAAUGGUGAUUAUGGGGUUGGCUGCAAAGUGUGAAUUCCCUGCCAUUUUCAACUUUGGAGAUUCAAAUUCAGACACAGGCGCCAUCUCAGCUGCUUUUCAAGAGGUACAGUUUCCUAAUGGCGAGACCUUCUUUGGAGAGGCAGCAGGCAGGCUAUGUGACGGUCGUCUCAUUGUCGAUUUCAUAGCGGAGAAGUUGAAGGUAGCCUACGUGAAUGCAUACUUGGACAGUGUUGGGAGUAGAUUCAAGCAUGGAGCAAACUUUGCGACGAGUGCAUCAACCAUUCACACUUAUAAUAAUACAUCGUUUCCUAGGGGAGGAUUUAGCCCCUUCUCAUUGGGCAUACAGCUCAACCAAUUCACCCAAUUCAAGUCCAGGUCCAAUAGGCUCUACCACCAUGAAUCAGUUGAACUUCUAAGAAACCCGAUACUCGUCAAGGCUGAGUUGAGUUUGACAUACCAUGCGCAAGAGAAUCCUCUUAGAAUGCACUUUCCGGGACCGGAUGAUUUCUCUAGGGCUCUAUACACCUUUGAUAUUGGCCAAAAUGAUCUCAACGUCGCAUUCGCAAUUAAGUCAGAUGACCAAGCAAAAGCAUUCAUUUCCGGCAUCAUCGGGGAGUUUACACAAGCCAUACAAUAUCUAUAUGAGCAAGGGGCAAGAGCAUUUUGGAUUCAUAACACAGGGCCAGCAGGAUGCCUACCAUCUUCAGUUAUAAAUUAUCCUUUGAAGCCCCACAAUUUAGAUAAGUAUGGUUGUGUGCAACCCAAAAACGAGGUGGCUCAUGAGUUCAAUAGCCAACUUAAACGAGCCGUAUCUCAGAUAAGGAAACAACUCCCAUUGGCUGCACUCACAUAUGUGGACGUAUACUCUGCAAAAUAUACUCUUAUCACCCAAGCAAAGGAGCUCGGGUUUGUUGAUCCGUUUGUGUUUUGCUGUGGGCUCGCGGGAAACAUUAACAUUGGAUGUGGGAGAAAGGCCAUUAUCAAUGGGACCCAGGUUAUUGGUGGUUCGUGUGCGGACCCUUUGUCGCACGUGAGCUGGGAUGGGGUUCACUACACUCACGCUGCCAACCGUUGGAUAUCAAAUCACAUCCUGAAUGGCCACUAUUCUGACCCUCCGAUUCCUAUCACGGAGGCCUGUUAUAACUAAUAAAUACAAUCAAGUUCCUAGGAACCCAUGAAACAAUAACAGAAAAGACCACGACUUGUGAAUUUCCUCUUAACAAACCCCUUAUAUAGGAAAUUAUAAUUUUUGUUUUUCUUUUUGAAAAACCCUCCGCCUUCUCUCUCAUAAGAAAAACCGAAUUCAUAGCAUCAUUAUUAUCAUUUUUGCCUUUUCUCAAUUAAUUGGGAUCGGCUAAUUUAUAACAUACCAAAAUAAAUCAAGAGAAGAAAAAUCCCAUGCAUAUUAAACUAUAAAGCUCAAUCUAUGAUUCUAUAUAAGAAAAAGGCCCAAAACCCAAUUUAUUGGAAAAGUAUAGAACGAGACCAUUUACCUUUAAUACGAAGUGGUC